AUGGCGCCCCUGCUGGUGCUGCUCAUCGUGGUGCCGCCCCUCCUGCUGAUUGUGGGCAUUGGAGUGGGCGUGGCAGCCGCGCGCUGGUGGUGGGGGUGGCGCUGGGCCGGCGCGGCGGCGGCGGCGGCAGCGGCGGCGGACGAGGAGCAGGGGCUUGGCUCUGGUGUCUCCACCGCCGUACCCUCCUCCUCCACAGCAGCAACUGCGGACCUGCCGCCGGGGCGCAAGGCCAGCAAGGCGGGGCCGCUCAGCAUCCACAUUGUCGCCUCCAGCUGCUCCCUGCCGCUGCCCAGCCGCUCGUCGGCGCAGCUCAGUGCGGAUGCCCUGGCGCCGCUGGAGCUGAGCCUGGGCUCAGCCUCGGCCUCGCCGCCGCUGGCGCAGCGCCUGGCGCGGCCGCCCCCGCUGCAAACGCCCGACCCCACGCUGCCGGAUGAGGACUGCGGCGAGCAGGCGGCGGCGGCGGCAGCAGCGGCGCCGCACCGCCGCCUGGUCAGUCUGACCAGCCUGGGCGGCGGUGCCAUCAGCCCGCUGGCCCACCGCAAGACACUGUCCCUGGACCUGGGGCAGCUGGUGCGAGCAGGACCUGGAGUGAUCAACCAGGUCAUGGAGGACUGGGAGGCCCGCAGUACACUGUACCGCCUCAUGUCGAUGGACGGCGGCGCCGCCUCCGCCUCCUCCCCGCACGCAGCCGCAGCCGCGGCAGCGGGAGUGCUGUCCCCUGCCGCUGCCGUGCUGUUCAGCCCUGUGGCGGGGGGCGGCGGUGGCGGCAGCGGGGCAGGAGGCGGGGUGGGGGGCGCGAUGCCCAAGGGGGAGGUGCACAUGGAUGAGAUCGACCUCAUAGAGUGCAUCGGCAAGGGCGGCUACGGGUGUGUGUACAAGGCCAGCUGGCGCGGCGCGGGGGUGGCCGUAAAGUACAUUGUGUGCCCCACAGACGACGCCGACAGCCUGGGGCGCGCCAUCCGCGAGGUGGUGCUGUCCCGCAAGAUGAGCCACCCCAACGUGGUGCAGUGCUACUCCUGGACGGUGCUGACAGAGAAUGAGGGGCAGCAGUGCCGCACCCCCAGCACCCGCUCCGGCCUGGCCUCCCCAGCAGACCAGUCGUUCACGGGGGGGCGCCAGCGAGUCUUGCGCCACCUGGCAGGCGCCGGCAGCGGCAGCCGCUCCCGCCGCGCCAGCCUGGACGUGCUGCGCCCCGGCUCGGCGCGGCGCGGCCUGGACCAGCGCUUCUCCUGCGCCGCCGUGGGGCCCAGCGGCGGCGGCACUCCGCGCUCGCCCAGCAGCCUCGCGCUGCACCGCAUCACGGAGCACCCGCAUGAGCUGCACGAGGGGCAGGAGAGCAGCGAGGCAGCAGAGGUGGCGGCCUCGGCGGCCGCCUGGAUGGCGGCGGGGCCUGGCAUGCGCGCCGGCUCCACUCUGCCGCGCCCCACCGUGGAUUCGGUGGUGGAGGAGCUUGUGGCGGAGGCUGCGGCAGAGCUGGAGCGCGAGCAGCAGCAGGAGGAGGAGGAGGAGCAGCAGCAGAAGCAGCAGGAGCAGGAGGGGCAGCAGCAGCAGAGGCAGGAGGAGGAGCAGCCGCCGCCGCAGCAGGAGGAACGCGGCUCCGCCAGCCCCGCCAGCCUGCCCCCGUCCCCAGAGGCGGUGGGCGUGGCGCCUGGCGGCGUGGCCAAGCCGCUGCUGAAGCUGGCGCUGCAGCCGCUUGGCAGCUGCAGCCCCAACGGCAGCCCCGGCAUCCAAGCGGUGCACCCGCAGCAGAUCCUGCAGGCCGAAGAGCCAGCAGGGACGGCAGCAGGAGCCACCUCGGAGGAGCAGCAGGUGGCCGGGGCGGCUGGCCUGCCUCCCUCUCCGUUUGCAGCGGUCGAUGUGCAGGCGGUGCCACCGCGGCGGUCCACCAGCGAAGGCGCUGCUAGCGGCGUGCAGCACCGGCUGGUGCUACCGUUUGGCGGGGACGGGGCGGUGGCAGUAGGGGCUGCUGCGGAGCAGGGGCCGCCGCCGCCGCAGUCAUCUUCUGAGGGCGAGGAUGGGCAGGAUGUGUAUGCCUGCUUUGGCAGCUAUGAGGAGAUGGUGGCUCACUUCCAGAGCCUGGCGGCUGGAGGCCAGCUGGCCCUGCCAGCUCAGCAGGAGGCGCAGCAGCAGCGGGCGCCAGGCGCACCAGGGGCGGUGCCUGUUCCGGCGGCGACUGUGCCGCUCAACAUGAGCCGCAACGGCAGCGGGCAGCAAUUGAAUGAGUAUGACAUGACUGCCGCCUCCUCCUUCUCAGACGUGCUUAGCGCCAGCGGCUUCAUGCUGGAGGGCAGCGUCAGCGGGGUGGACCUGUCCCUGGUCCCCUCCAACCCCGCCUCUCCCGCCCACCGCCAGCGGUCGGGACACAGCAGCUGGCUGCCACCCUCCUCGGCAGCAAGCUCCCGGGCCCUCACACCCAAGAGCGCCACCGCCGCCUCCGCCGCCGCGGCGAGCACAUUCAGCCGGCUGUCGCGGCCGGCUCCGUGGACGGCGGCGCAGCGGCAGCAGCGGCGGCAGCAGCCGCUGGGCAGCAGCGGGCUGGGUGUUGCGCUGGAGCUGGCUGCGGGCAUGCCACCACCGGCGUGGUGGCAGGCAAGCAGCGGCGCAGGCGCAGAGGCGCCUGGCCAGGGCCAGCUGGGCGGGGUGGUGGCUUCGACAGCAGCGGCCCAGCUGGCGGCGCGGCGGCUGAGCAGCGAGAGCAUCGAGCCGCGGUCGGAGCCGCUGUCUAUGGAGGGGGGAGGCGCCAGCUGCCGCAGCAGCCGUGACGUGCCUGCGGGCGAGGCCAGCGCAGCGGUGAGGGCCAUGCUCGGCGGCCUGCACUGCAGCAGCACCAUUUCGCUGGCCAUGUGGCAGCCCGCGGGAGGCGCGUCAGCAGCAGCCAGCCGUGGCUGCAGCCUGGACCUGCAUGGGAGGCCCCCAGGCAGCAGCCUGGACCUGCAGCGCCAGUUCCGGGCGGGCAGCAGUAGCAGCAGCAGCAUGGCGCUGCCAUAUGGCGCAGGCAGCCGUGGCGGCAGCCUGGACAUGCGGUUCGCGUUCGGGCAGUUCCGUGGCGGCAGCAGCAGUAGCCUGGCGCCUCCAGCGCCGUCGGCACCGUCGUCGGCAGCCUGUCAGUCGGCCUCGGAACAGAGCCGAGACACCAGCAUAAGCUGCCUGGAGCAGCAGCGCGUGCCAGCGCCGCGGGCGUCGUCGCUGGGUGCGGACAGCGGCAGCGUGACGCCCCGCCUGGGCAGCCUGUCCAGCCUGGCGGCGGUGGCGGGAUCGGUGGUGGGAGCGGACUCCUCGCUGGCUGUCACGCCGCGGCAGCAGAGCCUGCGCAGCAGCAAGUGCACCCCCAGAGGCCUGCUGCGGGUGGAGGAGCUGCGAGCCGAGGCGGCGGCGGCGCUCGGCGGCGGCGGCGGCGGCGGCGGGGAGGUUGCCCCUGCCAGCACCGACCGCCUCUCCCUGGGUUCUCACAACGACUCCUUCAAUUCGGAGGAGGGCUUCGGCUCGCCGGUCAAGCAGAGACGCGGCGGCGUCAAGGAUGUGUUUCUGCUGGAGGAACUUGCGUUGGAGGGGCAGGAGGCGCUGAUGGUGGUGGUGAUGGAGUAUUGCGACCUGGGCUCGCUGCGCAAGGCGCUGAAGCGGCGCGCCUUCCGCCCCAGCCCCAAGUGGCCCUUCCAGACCACCUACCGCGCCCUGCUGCGCACCGCCCAGGAGAUAGCCAAGGGCAUGGGAUACAUCCACGAGUUCAACAUAGUGCACGGCGACCUCAAGCCCGGCAACGUGCUGCUGAAGACGCACAAGGUGGACAGGCGGGGCUACAUCGCCAAGGUGUCCGACUUUGGGCUGAGCCGGGCGCUGGACUUCGAGGACACGCACGCCAGCCUGGACGCCACGCUGGGCACCAUUGCCUACACCGCCCCCGAAACCUUUGCCCACAACUGCCUCAAGAAGCCUUCCGAUGUCUAUGCCUUUGGAAUCAUGCUGUGGGAGAUGUUUUAUUGCUGCGACCCGUAUGAGGGCCUGAUGGACGGGCAGAUCUGCGUGGGGGUGACAGAUGGCAGCCUGCGCCCCGAGUUUGACAUCGACUGCCCCGAUCCCUACCGCCGCCUGGCGGAGAGGUGCUGGCAUCAGGACCCAGAGCGGCGGCCCAGUUUUGAGGAGGUGGAUGCGGAGCUGGUGCGGAUCGAGAUGGAGUUCAGGCUGGCCUGCCACCGCACAGCCACCGCCAGCAAGCGCACCUCCACGACGUCGCAGAGCGGCGGCUCUGCGCCGCCCUCGCGCCCCGGCAGCCCCGAGGUGCAGCCGCGGUGCGGGGUGGCGGCGGGCGGCGGCGGCGCCCUGGCGCGGCAGCUGCAGGCGGCGGCGCUGGCCGACUGA